CUGUAUUCAUCACCAGCCUUCACUUUCCCUUUCAACUUUGAAGAUUAAACUCUCAAAUUUUUAUUCUCCUAGACAUACUCAUUCAUCAAUCAUGGCAAGCACUCCUAAUAUUCCAUCUCAUACAAAAGCUUGGGUGUACUCAGAGUAUGGGAAUAUAGAGCACAUUCUCAAAUUUGAUCCUAAUGUCCCUACACCAGACAUCAAAGAAAACCAGGUGCUCAUCAAGGUUGUGGCUGCAGCCCUUAAUCCUGUGGAUUACAAGAGAGCUCUGGGGUAUUUCAAGGACUUUGAGUCUCCUUUACCCACUGUGCCAGGGUAUGAUGUUGCUGGUGUGGUGGUCAGAGUGGGAAGCCAGGUGAAAAAAUUUAAGGUUGGGGAUGAGGUCUAUGGUGAUAUUAAUGAGAAAGCCUUGGACCCAAAAACUAGUGGUACUUUGGUAGAAUACACGGCUGCUGAAGAGAAAGUGUUGGCUCACAAACCCUCCAACUUGAACUUUAUUGAAGCUGCUAGCCUCCCUUUAGCCAUCAUCACUGCUUAUCAAGGACUUGAAACUGCUGAAUUUUCUGCUGGCAAAUCUAUACUUGUUCUGGGUGGUGCUGGAGGAGUUGGAACACUUGCUAUUCAGCUCGCCAAGCAUGUUUUUGGGGCAUCUAAGGUUGCAGCUACUGCUAGUACUGCCAAACUAGAAUUGUUGAAGAAAUUGGGAGCAGACUUGCCUAUUGAUUAUACAAAAGAGAAUUUUGAAGAACUUUCAGAAAAGUUUGAUGUGGUGUACGAUGCAGUAGGGCAGAGUGAGAGGGCAUUGAAGGCUAUUAAAGAAGGGGGCAAGGUAGUGACAAUAUUGCCACCUGGAACUCCACCAGCUAUUCCUUUCAUACUCACUUCAGAUGGUGCUGUGUUGGAGAAACUGCAACCUUACUUAGAAAGUGGGAAGGUGAAGCCAAUUUUGGAUCCUAAGAGCCCCUUUCCAUUUUCUCAGGCUGUGGAAGCAUUUGCCUACCUCAACACUAACAGGGCCACUGGAAAAGUAGUCAUUUAUCCCAUCCCAUGAGCAUAAUCAAUUGAGCAAAUAUGCUAUUUGAGGGAAUGUGUGUAUGUGUGCUAGCCUUGCAUAAAUUAUAAUAAAUCUCUUAAGAGAUAUGUUUCUUAUUUUUUUAAUAAUUACCCUUUAGUAUAUAGUUUAUGUACUGGCUACUUAAUAUGCAAUGACAUGUUAUGUUGUUCAAAAGCUUACAAAA